AAGAAAAUCAGAAGAAAGCCAGCUUUGGGCACGAGUUGGUGUGAGAUGAGAUCACCCGUACCGGACGGAUUAGAUUAGAAAUUCUGGUCCAUUUAAUAACGUCACGCUUAUAUUAACACCGCCAGUCUUUGAUCUCGUUGGAUCAUGAAACAUUGACCACAUGUUGACAAGAUCGGACGGACCAGAGGCAGCAUUUGAGGGACUCUUGAUCUAUCAAAGCGUUUCUGCCUUCACCAACGUCUUCAGCAUCUACAGGAUGAAUCACCUGUCUUUGCGUGAGCUAUGUUGCCUUUUCUGCUGUCCGCCGUGCCCGAGCAGAAUAACUUCCAAGCUGGCCUUCCUUCCACCGGAGCCCACUUACACCCUGAUGUGCGAUGAAAGCGGCAGCUGCUGGACCCUCCACCUUUCCGAGCGUGCGGAUUGGCAGUACUCUGCCCGGGAGAAGGACGCCAUUGAGUGCUUCAUGACCCGGACAUCUAGAGGGAACCGAAUCGCUUGUAUGUUUGUGCGAUGUUCUCCAAACGCUCGCUACACCUUGUUGUUUUCCCACGGUAACGCUGUGGACUUGGGUCAGAUGAGUAGCUUCUACAUCGGCCUUGGCUCCCGCAUCAACUGUAACGUGUUCUCCUAUGACUACUCGGGUUACGGGGCAAGCUCAGGGAAGCCUUCGGAGAAUAAUUUGUAUGCUGAUGUGGACGCUGCAUGGCACGCACUACGAACAAGGUACGGGAUCAGGCCAGAGAACGUGAUCAUUUAUGGCCAGAGCAUCGGUACGGUCCCUUCGGUGGAUCUGGCCUCUCGGUACGAGAGCGCUGCCGUCAUCCUCCACUCCCCUCUGACCUCAUACCUCAUACCAAUUAGACACAUACGCAUUGAUAAAAUCUCUAAAGUCACCUCUCCGGUGCUGGUGAUCCAUGGUACGGAGGACGAGGUGAUUGAUUUUUCCCAUGGACUGGCCCUGUACGAGUGCUGCCAGCGGCCCGUGGAGCCGCUGUGGGUGGAGGGUGCGGGACACAAUGACGUAGAGCUGUAUGGACAGUACCUGGAGCGCUUGAAACGGUUUGUGGCUCACGAACUUGUAAACUUAUAG